AUUGCCCUGGAAAGUUGUGCAUGAAAUAUAAUGGUUCUGUUCCCUUUGAGGAUAGAGUGGAUACUACUUUAAGUUAUUUUGAUUUGCCUAGUAGGGAGAUUCCUGCGUUUAUGACUUUGUAUUUUGAGGAUCCUGAUCAUCAGGGUCAUAAGGUUGGACCCGAUGAUCCCCAGAUCACUGAGGCUGUUGCUAGAAUUGAUAGAAUGAUCGGGCGAUUGAUUUCUGGUUUAGAAAAUAGAGGGAUUUUUGAGGAUGUUACUAUAAUUAUGGUUGGAGACCAUGGAAUGGUCGGUACAUGUGAUAAAAAACUGAUAUUCCUUGAGGAUUUGGCGCCGUGGAUUGAAAUUCCGGCCGAGUGGGUUCUGUCUUAUAGUCCGGUGCUUUCUAUUCGUCCACCUCCAAGUUAUGUCCCAUCAGAUGUUGCUGCAAAGAUGAACGAAGGACUGGAAUCGGGGAAGGUUGAGAAUGGGAAACAUUUGAAGGUUUAUCUAAAGGAGGACUUACCUAGUCGGCUACAUUAUGCUGCAAGUGACCGUAUUCCUCCCAUAAUCGGGCUGAUUGAGGAGAGCUUUAAGGUGGAGCAGAAAAGGACUAAGCCAAAAGAGUGUGGAGGAUCACAUGGAUAUGACAAGGCAAUUUUCUCAAUGAGGAGCAUUUUUAUUGGUCAUGGUCCUCAAUUUGCCAGGGGGAAGAAGGUGCCAUCUUUUGAGAAUGUUCAGAUAUAUAAUUUGGUAACUUCAAUUCUCAAUAUACAUGGUGCUCCCAAUAACGGAUCUUCAACAUUUCCGGCUUCUAUUCUUUUGCCUAGACAGUAAUAAUUAUCUCCGAUGCACGUUUCGAGUGAUCUUAGCUGCUGAAAUAUACUGUAAAAGUUGGCAAGAUGAUAACUUCAUUGCCAAAAUGACUACCUGUUUAUCCAUGAGUCAUACAUAAUGAGAGAGUGCAG